AUGGCUUCAAAUGAUGACGAUGAGCUACCAAGGGCUUGGUAUUUUGGAUCAAAUGCAUACGAUUCACAGCAAAGCUCCAAUUCUGACGAGGAACGACAAGAAAUUGAUGCACAACAAAUAGAACAGCAAGAUCAACGUAAACCAAGGCUUACAAACGAGUUGAGGCAUCUCAUUUUACAUGAAAUGUUGUCACUUAAAGUAAGUGACUCACUCCCACAUGGUACAUUCGUACGAAUAGCAAACAAAUACGGUUACACACCAAGAUCAAUUCGAAACUUUUGGAAACGUGCAAUUGAAACCAAAGAAGAAAACAAGCCUUAUGUUGUCGAUUCAAAGUACAAGAAUUGUGGAAGAAAAAGAGUUCAAGUGCCACCAAACGUACUUGAAUCAAAACCAAUGGGUGAACGUACAUGCAUAAGAGAUGUUGCAACAUGUUUAGACUUGGCACCAACAACGGUUUGGCGAUUGAUACGAAGGGGGGAGAUUAAGGCACAUUCAAAUCCAUUACACCCUUAUUUAACGGAUGCAAACAAGGCGAGAAGGGUCGAGUGGAUUUUAAGUCUCAUUCAAGAAGAUACAAUUCAUCAUCAUCCAAUGUAUAAAGGUAUGUAUGACUUCAUACAUAUUGAUGAAAAAUGGUUUUACUUAACCAAGAAGACACAAAGAGUUUAUCUAGCACACAAAGAAAAAAUUCCAUAUAGGGCGGGAAAGUCAUCAAAAUUCAUUCCAAAAGCCAUGUUUUUAGGUGCGGUUGCAAGGCCUAGAUGGAAUCAAUAUGGCCAAUGCACAUUUGAUGGGAAAAUCGAAAUUUUCCCUUUCGUAAGUAGGGUUGCAGCACAAAGAAAUUCAAUUAACCGUCCAAGGGGGUCUAUAGAAAUUAAACCAACUGAUUCGGUUACUCAGGAAGUUUAUAGGAGCAUGCUCAUAGAACAAUUAAUUCCAGCAAUUCUUAGAAAAUGGCCAAGUGAUGGUCCAUCGAUAAUUUUCAUCCAACAAGAUAAUGCAAGGGUUCACAUAACAAAUGAUGAUCCAUUUUGGCAACUAAACAACAGGCAAGGGGGCUUUACAUUCAUUCUAACUCAACAACCACCAAAUAGUCCCGAUUUGGAAGAUGCAUUCGAAGAGUUACAUCCAAAGACUUUAACCAAUGUUUGGAUUUCAUUACAACACCACUUAAAUGAAAUCCUAAAGGUUAAAGGGUCUAAUGACUAUGUUCAGCCACACCUAGGGAAGAAAGUUCAAGAAGACAAUGGAAGGUUACGAAUACAAGUGCGAGUACCAUCACAAUUGGUUAGGGAAUGUGUACGUUUCCUUAACCCAAGCACAAAUCAGCAAGGCACACAAACAGAAAAUGAAGAUGCUGCACAACAUAAUCAACAAAUACUUGAAGCAUAUGAUGAAGCAGUGGAAGAAUCUCAAAGAUGA